CGGGGAUAGUUUAUGAGGUUUUUCAAACACGUGGGUGGGUUUAUUAAGUCGUUGUCUUUAUUUGGGAUCGGUUAUUUUACUAUAAUACACGUUGACUGCGCGACAUGGCGAGGAUUUUAUCCUUUCCUGUCAGGACGGAAAUUUAAAUCCCCUGAUUGUGGACCGACAGGAGGCCAGCAGACGAGCACCAGCCCAGAGGUCUUGUGGGGUCAUCGACAACCUCAUCAUGGUGACGAAAAACCAACACACUCUCGGAUUGCUCUCGUGGACGGUCCUGGUGUUCACGCUCGGGGGUCCUGUGGUCCUUUGCGAGGAGUUUCGCGACCUCUGGGACGGAUCCUGCAGAGCUGCCGACCCCAGGAACCUGUCCGUCUCCUGUCACGGAGUGAGGAUCGUCAAGAGAGUGGUCCAGCAGCUGCUGGACAAAUCCGCCAGGUCGCCGGUGCUGGAGAUCACGGAUGGAGUCAGCCUGGUGGACGGUCUUCAGGAUGGCGAAGCCAGGAAGGCGCGAUUCCUCAAGGGUUUCGGGACCGUGGGGCCCUUCCUGGAGUUCCUGGAGGGCAGGGAACUCAGGAUCAAACUUCCCAGCCUGGUUCCCGAUAAUCUUGAAAACGCCAUCAGGGACAGUCUGCCUUCCAUCGCCCAAGGUAGAGGGAGUGGCGGGGGAGGAGGAUUCGGAGGAGGCAAGAAGGGCGACGGUGGAAUGAUGAUCCUGGCUCUCAUGAUGGGAAAAAUGAUGGCCGCCAUGGGAUUCGGCGCUCUGGGCCUCCUCGCGAUGAAGGCUCUCAUGGUCUCCGCUUUGGCUCUUAUGUUAUCUCUUAUCGUGGCCGUGAAAAAACUCGCCUCCGGCCACAGCGAUGGCGGCGGUCAUCACGUGGUCUAUGCCCAAGAGACCGGUCACCACCACCGUAGAAAGAGAGCCCUCGAUGACGAUCUUCUCGACCUUCCCUAUCGGGGACAUAUUAACCUCUUCCGGGACUCCUACCUCGCUAAGGCUUGA